AUGGCUUCUCAUCACCUGAUCCUCCUUUGCCUCGCUGGACUGGUAUUUGUGUCGGAGGCUGGCCUUGUGGGCACUGGUGCAUCCAAGUGCCCGUUGAUGGUCAAAGUCCUGGACGCUGUCCGGGGAAGCCCAGCUGUCAACGUGGCUGUGAGGGUGUUCAAAAAGGCUGCUGAUGAGACUUGGGAGCCAUUUGCCGAUGGGAAAACCAGUGAAUUUGGAGAGCUCCAUGGACUCACAACAGAUGAGAAAUUUGUAGAAGGCAUAUAUAAAGUAGAGUUGGACACCAAAUCCUACUGGAAGGCAGUUGGUAUUUCUCCAUUCCAUGAAUAUGCAGAGGUGGUGUUUACAGCAAAUGACUCCGGGCCCCGCCAUUACACCAUUGCGGCACUGCUCAGUCCCUACUCUUACUCCACCACAGCCGUUGUCAGCAACCCCAAGGAAUGA